CCUCCUCCCUGCAGCCCCUGACGAGACUCCGCCUCUUCCCAUGACAUCAUACCUGCCCGGAGCAACUCCUUCUAGUCACUACCCUGGUAUUCCAUGGGAUGAGGGCGUUUCUAAGGUUCUCUAUUACGCUGGUUUUUCCUAAAGUAUAAAGCCCUUGUCAGACAUGGAAGCCAUCCUACAUAGCACCCUGCCGCUCCUGUCUGCUCUCACAGCACUAGCGGCUGUGGCUGGGCCCACCCUGGAGAGCGCAACCACCCAAGUUCAAAUUCCUUUUAACUUGAUGAAGAAAUCAUAUAACUUUAAUAGUACGUUAUACUGGGAAUACAACGUCUCUUCAGUCACCCCUUAUUUUCAAGUAGAGUACAGGUAUUACAAAAACAAGAAGUGGACGGUUGUUGAGACUUGUGUGAACAUUUCACGUCAUUACUGUGAUCUUUCCGAAAAGAUUACUGAUCCUUAUAUCCAUUAUGGUGUUCGAGUAAACGCUUUUGUAGGGUCUGAAGUGAGUGGAUAUGCAAAAGCUGAAUUCUACUUGAUAAAUGAUGGUAUUAUUGGACCUCCUACAAUAAAUGCAUCUGAAGAUGGAAAGUACAUUUACAUUGAUGUUGACUACCCAAAUGCACCACAUGUUGAUAAAGAAAAAAGGAAUGUAGCAGACUAUUUGGAUGACCUUACAUAUGAGCUCCAUUCCGGAAAUGAAAUAGAGGGAACAGAUGAAUGUGAUGUUGAUGGAUGCAGCUUCAAAGUUUUAAUUACAAACCAAACCAACUAUUGUUUUCGGGUACAAGGCAGAUCAGAUUCUGUCCCUAUGACUAUUGAAAAAUCAAAAGAAACCUGCGUAAAUUUUACUGUACAAAAUGGGAUUUCUCCAAAAAAAUUAUAUACCAUAAUUGUACCCAUUUCUAUUGUGGUGUUUAUUAUACUAGUUGUAAGUUGCUUCCUCAUAAAGCGGAAAAUACAAGCCAAAACCAUGCUCCCACUGUCAUUGAACUCGGUCACAAAAGCCAUGACGACACGAGAUUAUUUGCCAUCUGAUCGAUUGACCAAGUAUGAUCAAGUGUCCAUAUCUCCAGUUGACUCUCCUGAAGAGAAGAUGACUCCAGAAGAGACAAAUAAGGACCUGAAUAUGUCCGAUGAUUCAGACACCAGAGAGAGUAUCGACAAUGGAUAUCACAGCUCUGUAGGAGAAACUGAGCGGAAGUCAGAUGAAGACCAGAGUGGAAAAGAAGAGGCAAGCAGCAGCAAAAACUACUAUCGUACUGAAAAUAGUGAUUCUCUCCUUGUUUGUGUGAAAGAGGAGGACGUUCCUGAGCAGGAGCCGCUCAGAGACCUAAAACCAGUAACAAACUCUUAUGGAUAUGACAAGCCCCACUGUCCUUUGUAAACUGAGGUAUAAAACAUUGAGGAGGUCUCAAAUCUAAUAAUUCCAGGAGCUAGGAAUAUGUAAAUAAGCCUUCUAAUGUAACAAAAUGGCUUCCAAGCAGAAGAAAAACAUUGCUUUCAAGGGUGAGCAUUUUUUCCUGGUUUUGAAGCAUUGUAGAAUAUGGUGAUGAUGAAGAGCGUAAUUAUAUACUUAAUGCAACAUUUACGCAUGCCUAUGAUGAGGGGGAGAAACAAACACCUGUUGGUUCAGUAUCUAUAUACGGUUCGACCAGCAACAUCUAGCAUUUACAUUGCGCUUUUUUCACCCACAGUACUCAGCGCAGCUUGGAAUUUCCUCUUAUAUGUAGAGUAAUGUAGCAAAUGAAUUAAGGCCGUCAUCUAGACACUCACCCUAGCACCGACUAGAGUCACCGACAGAGGAAGCCAGUGAACCUGGAGUGUGGUAGGAAAGCUAAGUACUCAGAGGAAACCUACACAAACAAGGGGGAGAGCUUACAAACUCUAUGGCAAGAAUCAAACCCAGGGCCGCAGCAAUGCAAGACAACAGUACUAACUACUGAGCCACUGUGGUGCUUUCCAAAGACUGUUCCGGAUGAUGAAGUUAGAGGGAGAGCAAAUGCAGCCUUUGCUGACUCAUGGGGAACAGUUAGAAAUGUUCUUUGGUGCUUUUAAAGGGAACCUGUCAUCAACUUUCUGCUGACC